UGUCUCGGUGCAUUCGGUCGCGGGGGGUUGGAGGAAAAAGAGCCGCACGCGCGCACGUGUCGGGACAUGCUAUGACCGCGUCAUUGCUGCUGCACUCGCACUGGGCCGAGCCGCUGAUGUUCGGCAAGAACAUGCAAGACGCGCCGGCGUUCCCCGGGGGGAACUUGGCGCCCAACCAGUGCAGGAAUCUGCUGGCGCAUCCCGCCUCGCUGGCGCCGAGCAGCGCGGCCUACGCCAGCGCCGACGCGCCGGCCAGCGGCAUCGGGGAGCCGGGCAAGCAGUGCAGCCCGUGUUCGGCCACGCAGAGCUCGCCCAACGCGUCCCUCCCGUACGGAUACUUCGGCGGCGGCUACUACCCGUGCAGGCCGGUGUCCCACGGCUGCGUCAAGGCCUGCGCGCAAGCCGCCUCCUACGGGGACAAGUACGCGCAGGACUCGUCGCUGCCCGGUGACGAGUUCUGCGGCCGGGCCAAGGAGUUCCCCUUUUACCAGGGCUACUCCCCGGCUCCCUACCAGGCCGGCUACCUGGACGUGCCCGUGCCCGUGGUGCCCGCGCUGAGUGCGCCCCCCGAGCCCAGACACGACCCCCUCUUGCCCGUGGAGCCCUACCAGCCGUGGUCCAUCACCGGCAACGGCUGGAGUGCGGCGGGCCAAGUGUACUGCACCAAGGAGCAGCCUCAGGCCAACGCGCUGUGGAAGUCCCCCUUGCAAGUAGACAACACGUGCGCCGUGGACAGCCACGUGCGCCGCGGCAGGAAGAAGCGCGUCCCCUACACCAAGGCGCAGCUGAAAGAACUGGAACGCGAGUACGCCACCAAUAAGUUCAUCAGCAAGGACAAGCGGAGGAGAAUUUCGGCGCACACCAACCUGACGGAGAGACAAGUCACCAUCUGGUUUCAAAACCGACGCGUAAAGGAGAAGAAAAUCGUCAAUAAAUUCAAGAGCUCCUGUUAGCUCA